AUGUUAGGCUUUCGCCCUAUAGCCCCCAAACCCCUUCCCGCCGCUGCUCUUUCCGACGCUUCUUCCUCCGAAACCACUGCCGACGUCUUCUCCAGAUCCGUCGCAUCUAAGCGAAAGCGCGCAAAAGGUAACACCAACUCCAACUCCAACACCAACACCAAGCGCUGCACUCGGAGCAGAAUCGCGCCUCCUCCACCACCUCCGCCUACAACGCUCCCGCUGCUGCCGGAGACUCCGGUUCUGAAGAAAACAACCACCAGAGAAAGCCACAAGGACGCGCCGGUGUGGCUGAGCUUCGGGAACCGCGGCGGUGCAGGUGCGUCGGUGGAUCCGUUCUGGUUCCCGGCGGCGGGAUCGGUGGUGACGGUGGAGUGCGUGACGAAGAUGUGGCGGGAGGAGGAGGGGCCGGGGUUGGGGAGUGGAGACGAGGAGAGGAAGGCUAAACUAGAAGAGGACACGUGUCCGGGGUUUAUAUCAGACGGUUACGGGAGGGUGACGUGGACGAAUGGUGCGUACAGGGAGGCAGUUGGUGAGGGAGGAGUAUGGCUGGCGAUGAAAGCGAGCGUAUCGUAUCCGUACCGAGGGUUCACGGGCUGGGUUAGGCUGCAGUACGCUUCGGGGAAAGAGAGAACUGUGCCAUGUGACGUUUGGAGUAUGGAUUGUGGAGGUUUUGCGUGGAGGUUGGACGUUAAAGCCGCUCUUACCUUGACCUUAGCUAUGUGA